UGUUAGGCUGUCGUUGGGUUGCAGAGAGCGGGGGCUUUCAACCAAGGAGUUGACUUUAAGACAUCGGCCAGCUGCAGUCAGGGCCAGUGGAUCGCGUCAAGCAGUUUCUUCCCGUCGAGGCUCCGUCGAUCGUGACUAUAGUUGAGCAUCUCUGGGCAGAGCAGAGAAAAGCGAACCAGCACGCCGUCGACAUCGAUGAACUAGAGAUAGUGUCGUGAGCAGUGAGCUAGAGCGCGCGCCCUUACAGCUCUAGUCCCGCUUGGGAAGAAAGAAAAGAAAACAACGUCUUAUUCAUUCAGCUGAACAUUUCCAUGCUCAACUGCUGCGUUCCGUUCGCCUGAAAGGAAUAAACACAUCAUAUCGUCCGUGAGGAUGGUUAUUACCGUCCUAUCUACCAGGAAAAGGAGAAAGGUUGUCAGCCAGCUUCUGUUAUUCGGAUUGCUGCUGGCUCUCCAACUAUGGGGAACUGCUGGAGCCCGUCAGCAGCGAAUUAAGCGCCAAGAGAGUGGUGAAAGUGAAUUUGAAGAGGAUGAAGACUUGACUGACGUCGAUGGACUUGGCAAUGCUGAAUACGACGAACUCGACUCUGACGACUUAUCAUCGCCCAAUCGAGGUGACGUGGCCGUUUUCACCCGUCCAGCUCCGGGAGCCGGAGAAGUGGAUUUUAACGGACCUUGCUCCGACUACCGACCAGGAGAGGAUGAUUUACAAGCUUUCGAUUUUAUCCGUCAGUUCCGGUUAGAUGUCCUCGAGACCAAAUACCCUGGUGUAACCAAAGUACGCGGUUCCAGCCGCUUGCAAACCGCCUAUCGUCUGGAGACGGAAGCCGAUUUGGUGGUUCCCACUAGGAACAUUUUCCCUCAAGGCCUUCCGCAACAGUUUUCCUUCAUUUGCACUUUCCGGACAAGGAAGCCACCCAAGACGGCCUGGAACAUAAUUCGAAUUAGCGAUUUGCGGCAACGCCCUCAGUUCCAGGUGACCCUGAACCCGCGCAAGAACACCAUCGAGUUCGGCAUCAACGAUUUCAGUGGAAAGCUGCAGACGCUCGUUUUCCGCAAAGCUCAAGUCUUUGAUAAAGAAUGGCACAAAGUUCACUUUGGAGUCCAUCGCGAACGUGUUGUACUCUAUGUCGAUUGCGAGUUCAGCGAAGAGUUGCCGCUCGAUGUCCGAGGACCGAUCGAUGUCAACGGCGAGAUCGCCAUUUCCAAAGUGGCUGGAACUAAGCGCACCGUUCCGAUUGAACUUCAAUGGAUGGUGAUGAGUUGCGAUCCCGCUCGCCCAGAGCGUGAAACUUGCGAGGAAUUGCCGCCACCACCUCCACCCAGGGAGCAAGUUCAACCGGUUUGCGAGCAAACCUGUCCACCAGGUGUGCCAGGACGGAAUGGAACUGAUGGCCCACCGGGACCACGCGGCUUAUCAGGAGAGCGAGGAAUACAAGGGCUACCGGGACCCCAGGGUAUUCGUGGAGAACCUGGAACCAAAGGAGACAUGGGAAUGCGAGGUGUUCCAGGAGAAAUCGGAAAGGAAGGUACGCCUGGUAAUCCUGGUAUCGCUGGACCGAGAGGAGAGUCUGGAAUUCCCGGCUCUCGAGGAGACACUGGACCGCCCGGUCAAGUUGGACCUAAAGGCGAUAGAGGAGAUUCCGGUCCGACUGGGCAAAUGGGAUCAACUGGUCCGCGUGGACCUCCCGGGCCUCCUGGAGAUAUUACUAAAGUAACUGGACCUCAAGGAAUGCAAGGAGCGCCGGGAGAAAGAGGUUUUGUUGGACCUCCAGGACCGGAAGGUGCUCAAGGGCAGCGUGGAUUCACCGGCGAAAUGGGUCCGCCAGGAACAGCAGGCAAGGACGGUACAUCGGGUGAACGAGGACCUAAAGGCGAUCGUGGUGACAGAGGAACUGCUGGUGUAAGAGGACCUCCAGGAGCUCCUGGUACUCCUGGACCCCCUGGCCCAGCUUCUUCUGGAACGGGUGGACAAACUGUACCCGGGCCCCCGGGACCUGCUGGUAACCCUGGAGAACCUGGUAUGCCGGGACCGCCGGGCGAGAGGGGUAAUCGAGGUGAACGAGGAGACUUGGGAGAACGCGGAAUCGCUGGAGAAAAGGGCGACCGUGGACCGGCAGGAUUACCCGGUAAUGACGGUACUCGUGGAGAGACUGGACCUGCAGGAAAACCAGGUUUGCCCGGCAGCAAAGGUGAUCCAGGUGUGCCUGGUGCUCUCGGAUUACAAGGACCUCCAGGUUCAGCAGGAGCUCCGGGACCAAUGGGAUUGACUGGACCGACCGGAGAAAUUGGCAGACGUGGCGAACCAGGCAAUACUGGUCCUGCUGGACCUGCAGGACCUCCUGGUACUCCGGGUGAAGUUGGACCUCAAGGAUUGCCAGGAGGUCCUGGCAGCCGUGGUGAGACUGGCCCGCGAGGAGAAAGAGGCGAAAUUGGUCCAUCUGGACCGACCGGAAGCCCUGGCUUAACUGGAAUGAAGGGUCACGAAGGAAAGCAGGGAACCGACGGAGAGCCAGGCCAAAGAGGAGAGAAAGGCGAAAGUGGACCCCGAGGACCUGAUGGGCCUCGCGGUUUUGAUGGCAAACCUGGUGUUCAAGGUUUGAUCGGUCGUCCUGGACCUAAAGGAGAUCGAGGAGAAAACGGUCUUCCCGGAGUGGAAGGAAUUCGCGGACCUCCAGGCCCGAACGGAGUUCCUGGCCCGAUCGGACCUCCUGGAGUCGCUGGCUUACCUGGUUUCGUUGGCAAACCUGGCCCACCAGGUCCACCGGGUCCUCCUGGUCCCCCUGGCGAUGCCGGUGUCAUUCCUGCCAAUUUGAUGAGAAACGACGGUGCUGGUGCUACCGGAGCUACUGGUCAACCUGGUCUUCCAGGAACACCUGGAUUGCCCGGAGAAAGAGGAGCGGACGGUGAUCGUGGACCGGAAGGCGCCACUGGAUUGCCCGGAACGCCUGGAGCUGAAGGUCCCAACGGCAGACAAGGACCCGUAGGACCCCGCGGAUUCGCUGGAUUGCCUGGUCUCCCCGGACCAGCAGGAAAAACGUACUCCGAGUCUGAUUUGAGAGACAUUUGCGCUUCUGUUCUACGUGAUCACAUGGAAGAAUUAGUAAGUGGACUUCAAGGUCCACCCGGUAUUCCCGGUCGUGGAAGACCUGGACGGCCUGGCCCGCCUGGAAGAAUCGGCCAUACAGGCGAGACAGGAAAGGUCGGUCAACCUGGAGAUCGUGGCUUGACUGGCUUGCCAGGCAUUCCAGGACCACCAGGACCUGAGGGACCUAAGGGAGACGUUGGAUCUAAGGGCGAACGUGGACCAGGUGGUAUCGGUAUGGAAGGACCGAUGGGACCAGCUGGUAUUCAAGGACCACCUGGACCUCCAGGAGUUGGUGUUGCUGGUCGAGCUGGCGAGCGUGGUGACUCUGGAAAACCAGGACCAAGAGGAAUGGUUGGUGUUGCUGGUCCACCUGGAGCUGCUGGAUUCUGUGCCGGAUGUGCUCCUCAACAAUACCGACCUGCCGGUAACGACAAGGGUCCCGGGAAAUAAGUCGUUGCCUCCCCUAGCCGUUAGGCAAUUUCGACGCUAAUGGAUGCAGACAUACAUACAGACAAAAUAAUAAUAAAAAAAAAGACAUUUCCUCCCCCCCCCCCUUCCCCUCUCCCCUCUCAAAAAAAAAAUAAAUUGAAAAUCGGGGAAUUAAUGACACUUUAUUCGGUAAAAUACAAUGUCAAGAAAACGACUGUUGGUGGGUAUACGAGCAGACAUAAAGAAGUCGAUGUACCACUGGUAGAUUUAUUAAGCUCCUUAUCACUGCCUGAAAUUUUUAUUUCCUCUUCUCCUUUUUGACGUGUAGGCCUGGUAGACACUUUGUGUUCUUUUUUUUUUUUUUUCAAAAGAAAAAUAUAACCAAUUUUGUUAUAACAUUUAUAGGCAUUUUUUCUUACUGAAUAGAGAUUUAUUUGCUUGUUGGCCAUCCUCCAUAACUUCCCUUUCAUCUUCAAAUAAAAUUGUCCUUCCUUUUUCUAACUACAUCUGUGUGAACAAUGAUUGUUUUGUUUUCAUUCAUACCACCACACGCUGCUGGACUGGAAACUUUUCUAUUGGGGUUCAAAAAUUGGCUGAGCUUUGUAUCAACUGUUUCCUUCAUUCAACAUUUUAAGUGUAAAUAUCAGUUGAAAUGAUUUCAUUUGGCUGCAAUACAACAAUUCAUGCUGCCGUAA